AUGGAUUAUAAGAAUUCGACAAGCGGAACCUAUUAUAGUUUGGAAGUGUUGACGGAAAUAUUCAAAAAUGAAGACGUCUCAUUGACCAUCCAGUCAUACCCGGAAGAAGUCACAAGACGCGCAGAUGAUGAAAUUCAAAUGCUGUUGCAGAACUUUGCACGAGUUUCAAAGAAGUAUGAAAACACCCGAAUGUUCGACGAACAUAACACACAACUGCUGUUCAAGUAUAAGCUGCUGUCAGAUUAUUACGCCCUGAUGUACAUUUACGCCUCAAAAAAUCUGCACAGCUACAAGGCGUACCGCAGGAACCUGAUUGACGAGAUCGCAGCGAACUACAACGGCUACUACGAUUUCAUACCCGAAAGCGUUAUCAAUAACCUUUCAGACGUCGAGUUAUCGCAUAUUAGAGAACGCUGCGCUAAGAUUCGAAGUAGUCUCAGAAUAGUUGAUGACGGGAAGUUCAGCUUAAUAGCAAUCUUGAAAGACAUUGUCUGUGACGACAUUUGCGUUCCAAACUCUACAAACCUCAAGUUUUACCAGAAAAACACACAGAUGGUUGUUCCAAGUCACAUGGUAGAAAUUCUUAAACCGUGCCAGUGGAUCAAAAUACUUAAAGUUAAUAUAUAG